UGACAGUGGGGGUACGUGUUUGUUUGCAGGAUUUGUUUAUAAAAGAAAAGUGACCUGGCUUCUAAGAACCACAAACAAUGACUUCUGGCGGCGGAAUUCAGAUACCGAGCCGCCUCCCGCUGCUGCUGACCCAUGAAGGAGUGCUCCUCCCGGGUUCAACCGUCAGGUUUAGCGUUGACUCCGCGCGAAACAUGCACCUGGUCAGCCAACGGCUGUUAAAGGGGACCUCGCUGAAAAGCACAAUCAUAGGAGUGAUUCCCAACACCAGAGACCCAGAGCACGACACCGACGACCUGCCCACCCUGCAUAAAAUUGGUACAGCGGGGAUAGCAGUACAGGUGGUGGGCAGUAACUGGCCUAAGCCCCACUACACCCUCCUUAUCACUGGACUGUGCCGCUUUAGAGUGUCAAGUCUGCUGAAGGAGCGACCCUUUGUCCUGGCAGAGGUGGAGCAGUUGGAUAAAUUGGAGCAGUACACGACUCCAGCAACAGAGGGUGUCACCGCAGGUGAUGGAGAGCUGGGGGAGCUGUCCCAGAAGUUCUACCAGGCUGCCGUACAGUUGUUAGGUAUGUUGGACAUGUCUGUUCCAGUGGUGGCUAAGUUCAGGCGUCUGCUGGACAGUUUGCCCAGGGAAACUCUACCUGAUGUGGUCGCCUCCAUGAUCCGCACUUCGAACAAGGAGAAACUACAGGUCCUGGAUGCGCUGAGUUUGGAGGAGCGUUUUAAGAAAGCCCUGCCCAUGUUGACCCGACAGAUAGAGGGACUAAAACUGCUGCAGAAAACCAGGAAGACGAGUCCUGAUAACGAAAAGAGGGUGUUAUCGGUGCGUAAAGGUGGAGUGUUCCCAGGCCGGCAGUUCAAUCUGGAUGAGGAGGAUGAGGAUGAAGAUGGAGAUGACACUGCAGUCCUGGAGAGGAAAGUUCAUGGGGCAAACAUGCCUGAAGCUGCACUCAGAGUUUGCCUGAAGGAGCUCAAGAGAUUGAAGAAGAUGCCUCAGUCCAUGCCUGAGUAUGCCCUGACCAGAAACUACCUGGAUCUGAUGGUAGAGUUGCCAUGGAGUAAAAGCACCAAAGACUGCCUGGACAUCCGAGCUGCCCGCACUCUGCUGGACAACGAUCACUAUGCCAUGGACAAGCUGAAGAGACGUGUUCUGGAGUACCUGGCUGUCAGACAGCUGAAGACUUCACUCAAGGGCCCCAUUCUCUGCUUCGUGGGUCCCCCAGGAGUCGGUAAGACCAGCGUGGGACGCUCUAUCGCCAGGACUCUGGGCAGAGAGUUUCACCGCAUUGCAUUAGGAGGCGUCUGUGAUCAAUCUGACAUCCGAGGACACAGGCGCACAUAUGUAGGCAGCAUGCCAGGCCGCAUCAUCAACGGUUUGAAGACAGUAGGUGUGAAUAAUCCGGUCUUCCUCCUGGAUGAGGUGGACAAACUGGGAAAGAGUCUGCAAGGAGACCCUGCAGCCGCUCUGCUAGAGGUCCUGGACCCAGAGCAGAACCACAGCUUCACAGACCAUUACCUCAACGUGGCCUUUGACCUCUCCCAAGUGCUCUUUAUUGCUACUGCAAACACCACGGCAACCAUUCCCCCAGCCCUGCUGGACAGGAUGGAGGUACUGCAGGUACCAGGCUACACCCAGGAGGAAAAGGUCGAGAUAGCUCACCGUCACUUGAUCCCAAACCAGCUGGAGCAACAUGGAUUAACACCUCAACAGCUGCAUAUACCACAGGACACCACACAAGAUAUAAUCAGCAGGUAUACCCGGGAGGCAGGCGUGCGCUCCCUCGAGAGGAAGAUCGGGGCAAUCUGCAGAGCCGUGGCUGUGAAGGUCGCUGAAAGUCACAGAGUCCCCAAGACAGAGACUUUGAUCCCAGACGGCCCAGUAGAGCAGCGAGACAAGAUGGCGCCCCCAGAGAUGCCCAUAGUGAUCGACCACAUCGCCCUGAAAGACAUCCUGGGACCUCCACUGUUUGAAAUGGAGGUGUCUGAGCGGUUUACCCUGCCGGGUGUAGCUCUGGGGCUGGCCUGGACCCCGCUUGGUGGGGAGAUAAUGUUCGUGGAGGCCAGUCGAAUGGAAGGAGAAGGUCAGCUCACUCUGACCGGUCAGCUGGGAGAUGUUAUGAAAGAAUCCGCCCAUCUGGCCAUCAGUUGGCUUAGAACGAACGCUAAAACCUACCAGCUCACCAACAUGGUGGGUGCUCCAGAUCCUUUAGAAGGGACAGACAUCCACCUCCACUUCCCUGCUGGAGCUGUCACCAAGGAUGGCCCCUCUGCUGGCGUUACCAUAGUAACCUGCCUAGCCUCGCUGUUUAGCGGCCGAUUGGUCAGAUCAGACAUUGCCAUGACAGGGGAGAUCACAUUAAGAGGCCUGGUGCUGCCGGUGGGCGGGAUCAAGGACAAAGUCCUGGCAGCCUACAGGGCAGGAGUGAAGUGCGUCAUCCUCCCGAAACGCAACGAGAAGGACCUGGAGGAGCUUCCAGCCAACAUCCGAGCCGACCUCGACUUUGUCACCGCCGGAAACCUGGACGAGGUGCUGAACGCCGCCUUCGACGGAGGGUUUCAAGGGACAGCCAGCACACGUGCACCCCCCCAGCUGACCAGUAAACUGUAACACACUGUUUAAAAUACACAUGCACAGUGACAGUGUGAAGUUAGACAGUGUCCCUGAAUAGUCCUAACAGAAGAGAGAGUGGGUUGUCUUUCAGUUUGAGUCUAGUGACUUUUCCCCUGAUAUGCAGUGGCAGGAGUAAACAGUAAGUAAUUCAUGUUAUUCAAUCUUUAAAGGACAACUGAGGGAUUUGAACCUUAUCUUCACAUGUUUUUGGGUGUAAAUGGUCCACUGUUGAGGAAGAGCAGUAUACCAGGCAACAGCUAAACAGUUGCUGCAAUGUACGUCCACUGUAAGUGCUCAUAUUAUAUUAUAAGUGGGUAGGAUUCCUAUACGGAUAGAUCUUUUGUUAUAGAGUAAGAUCCCUUUUUUUUCUUAUUACCAGAAACAGACGUUGUAUCACUGUGUUCAAAGCCACCAGACUGUCCUUUUUGUCUCUAUUAGUCUUUUCCAAACAAAAACAUGGGAAAAUAAGGCCCAGGUUCAAAGUUAUCCUUCAACCUUUUUUAAGGUUCUUUGCGAGUGAGAUUUUAUUUUCAGAUUAUUUUCAUAUUGACGAGAUAAUUUGAGGUGAAUGAAGCUAUGAUUUAAGUCUACACGGACAUGGACAGUGUACAGUGACUUACUGUCAUAUGAAGUUACAGCAGCUUAUUUUUUAAUGCAUAUUAGCACAGUACACCCACUCACUCAUCAACUCAAGAGGACCAGAUCCAGCUCACAUCGCUGCUGAAUAUUGUUAUGUUGUCUUUUUGGGUUCAGCUGGCUGCUGUACAUUUACAUUACAUUAGCAGCACUGCAAUAUCCUUGUGAAGAAGGUGUGAGCUGAUUAAUGCGACAACACACUGGUAAGACACUGCAGCACUGAAUGAUUGACUUUUGAUUGUUCCACAAUGUGUGUGCUAAAACGUAUUGAAGACACAGUUAAUGUUGAACUGGUUUGUAUGUGAUGAAUGAUGCUGCUGAGAUGUGCUCAGAUACCAGGAGCCUGUUUGGAAACUGUGUUCAGUCACUCUUUGUAAUUAGUUUGUUUCUGUAACUUUCAGAUUUUGGAAUUUAUUAUCUGUGGAAACUUUAUGAAAAAUAACCACGAAAGAUUGCAGUUAGUUUGAUAAGUUUAUCUUAGAGGUUUAGAUGGGUGUGUUGUCUCAUCACAUCCCACACUGAGGCACUGACUACAUCAGGUUUAGAUAAAAUUUUCUUUGGCCAAAUAUUCUUAUUGUCACAGAAUCUUAAUCCAAACUGAUGUUUCUGGCAGAAUGAAUCUGACCCAUUCAGUGUCUGGAGUCCUCUGUCUCUGUGAGCCAGGAUGACAUGGUGGUAUGGAGCCCCAAAAGUGACAGAGUAGUAACAGCUUAUUGCACAAGUCAAAAAUAAUACUAUAAGUGUAUUUCAUGUUGUAUGAACAUCAAUGAAAUAUAUUGUUGGUUAAAUGAUUAAAUGUUUGUUUGAUUACUUUCCCUUUUAUCUCUAAUCAGUUGAUUAAAAAACCAAGAAGCUUAUUUUUUGGUUGAAGAGCAAAGGAUAAAGCUUUGUAUUUCAUUUCACUCUCAAUUUCAGUUAUUUACCUAACAAUAUUAUUCAUUGAUAUAUAUUUACUUACAUUUGUGACUUCUCAUGUUUGUUAACUUUAUUUUACAUCAGGUUGUAAUGUUGUCUCCCAUAAUGCAAUAAUAAUGUACACACAGUACCCUAACCCUGACACACUGACUUGUAGGCAGGUCUGCAUCAAAUCUGUGUCCUGUGACUUCACUGUAACUAUGAGGCUGUGAUUAUUUGGAAGUGCUGACUAAAAAUUGGAUUGUAAUUCCCGUUGUUAACAUGAACGAUGUGUGGCAGUGUAGCAAACUUGAUGAUUUUUUAAUGCAAUACACUGAUUUGAUACUAAACCGAGAUGCACUUGUGUCCUGUUAGAUAACUUUAAAAAAACAAGAGUUGAAUUAA